AAGCACAUGUCGGAACAGAGUAAAGAGGAAGACACGUUGACACAGAAAGUUGUAUUUGUUUUGUUUUCUAUCGCCGGCACAUAACCGUCCCGUCGUUGACUCACACUUGUCAACUCAGAGCCGCAGCUGGAACAUUUAGGUCAAAGGCGCCACAUCAUCUGACAGGAUGAGUGUUGGGUUCAUUGGAGCGGGCCAGCUGGUUCACGCACUGGUGAAAGGAUUCUCAGCUGCAGGUGUGAUUGCCACUCAUAGGAUCACUGCCAGCUCCCCAGACUUAGAGCUGCCCACUGUAGCGGGGCUAAGGAAAAUGGGGGUGAAUAUGACAACUAGCAACAAAGAGGCCGUCAGUAAGAGUGAUGUGCUCUUCCUGGCUGUGAAACCCCACAUCAUCCCCUUCGUUCUCGAUGAGAUUGGGCCAGACAUCGAGGACCGUCAUCUCAUAGUGUCGUGUGCAGCAGGCGUCACCAUCAGCUCCAUAGAGAAGAAGCUGCUUCAGUACCGUGCCGCUCCUAAAGUCAUGAGGUGUAUGACCAACACCCCAGUGGUGGUGAGAGAGGGAGCUACAGUGUAUGCCACUGGGACUCAUGCAGAGCUGGAGGAUGGCAAGUUACUGGAGCAGCUGAUGUCGAGUGUUGGAUUCUGCACGGAGGUGGAGGAAGACCUCAUUGACGCUGUCACCGGGCUCAGUGGCAGUGGACCAGCCUACGCGUUCACUGCACUGGAUGCUCUUGCAGAUGGAGGCGUGAAGAUGGGUCUGCCAAGAAGACUGGCUGUCAGACUGGGAGCUCAGGCCCUAUUGGGAGCAGCUAAGAUGCUGCUGGACUCGGAGCAGCACCCCGGCCAGCUGAAGGACAACGUGUGCUCCCCAGGGGGCGCCACCAUCCACGCCCUGCACGUCAUGGAGAGCGGCGGCUUCCGCAGCCUCCUGAUCAACGCUGUGGAGGCGUCAUGCAUCAGGACGCGGGAGCUGCAGUACCUGGCCGACCAGGAGAGCAUCUCCUCAGCAGCCAUAAAGAAAACCACCCUGGACAAGGUGCUGCAGCAGCCCGGAGUCACGGUCAGCGGAUCAGCGAACGGCAGAACGGGGCUCAACCUGUUCAACAACCGCGGCCCCAACGUCAAGAAGAAUAACUGAGAACACAGAGGCAGGCUCACACUCACAUCUCACAGGUUUAUACACACAUUGCCACUCAGGCAGGUGGACUGGUCACACACAUCCAAAUUACUUUACAAAAAUGGCAAAAUAUUUAUACAUACUUGAGUUACAUAAAGACUGAAGACCUGUUACACUACAAACAAGCGCAGGUGCAUUCUGGGUGUGUUGCAGGGUUGAUGUCUACACAGGCACACCGAAGAGCAAAAGUGCAUUUACAAUCUGCUGUCGGUAUGUGUUUAACGGUAAUGACCCAGUGGGCCAUCAUGGGAUGCUGCUGCACAGAUGGUUGCUGGGAUACCAUCAAGCUCUUAAUGUUUGUCUUUAAUGUCCUUUUAAACAGAGAUGAAGCCACAAUGUCAAUCAUUCUGUUCCCUUUUUUUUUUUAUACCAACAACAGUAUUAUGGUAACAAAGACUGAGUAUGGAUUUUCUCUUUUGCUUGUUUUGAUUUUCAUAUACAAAAACUACGGACUUGACUGACAAAAUAACUUCCCUGUUACAACAACCUUUCUAGCACAUUAGGAACUUGGUGCCUUGGACCCUGGCACCCAUAACAUAUGUUUCUCUUGCAUAUAAAGGUCAUUCCAAGCUUUAAAUCUUCUCUGAUGUCCUCAUCUUUCUCAAAUCCCUUUGUUUCCUGUUUGUUAUGGAAAUGGUGGGUCUGAACCCCAACGUGAACUGUUAUCUUGAACCUCCUGAUGUUUUAUAAUAUAAAGCCACUUUUUACAUGUUCUCUUGUAAAGGGAAAGUCCUAAAAGAAAUGCAUCUACACAAAGAAUCAAGAUUAUAUGAAGAUGUAUUCGUAUAGAUGUAGUCCGUCCUAAUUUUGUUAUUCGAUCCCCAUUAUUUGAAACGUUAUGUAUUUUUCUUUGUUUGGCAUAUCAACCAGAAAGUUGGUGUCGAUAUUAAAUAAGCAGAAUUGAA